AUGCCACCGAAGAAAAAAGCAGGACCAGGUCCAUCUAAGAAGUCUGCUGAGAAGCAAAAGGAUAAGACUUUAGAGGACAAGACUUUUGGCCUUAAGAACAAAAAGAAAAGCAAAAAUGUACAAAAGUUUAUUCAGGAGGUGACCAAGCAGGUCAAGGGUGCGAACACACGCGCUGACCGCAUGAAAGAACUGGAGGCCAAGAGAAGAAAGGACGCCAAGGCCGAGCAGGAAAAUCUCAAGAGUCUUUUUGCAGCCGCUAUCACACAGCCCAAGGUUCCUCCUGGAACAGAUCCCAAGUCGGUGCUUUGCGCUUUUUUCAAAGCAGGCGUGUGCACGAAGGGAAACCGCUGCAAGUUUUCGCACGACUUGAUGGUGGGCAAGAAGGCCGCUAAAAUCGACUUGUACACGGACAGCCGUGCCGAGAAAGAAGCUGAUCAAAUGGACACAUGGGACCAGGAAAAACUGGAAGAAGUGGUAAAUGAAAAACAUCACGAGAAGAACGCGAAGCAAACGGAAAUCGUCUGCAAAUACUUCUUGGAUGCAAUUGAAAAGUCGUUGUAUGGUUGGUUCUGGGUAUGCCCCAACGGUGGCACCUCUUGCAAGUAUCGCCAUGCUCUUCCUUCUGGAUACGUUUUCAAGUCAAAGAAGGACCGCGAGCUUGAGAAGUCAAACAAAGUGGUGGAGAUCUCUAUUGAGGAAAUUAUCGAGCAGCAGCGUGCCAAGUUGGGUCCCAACGGAGGCACCCCUGUUACGGAGGAAACACUCGCAAAGUGGAAGGCUGACAAGCAAGCACGAAAGAAAGCGGAUGAGACGAAGCGACUAAAGGAGCAAGCGAAGAAGACUGGCGGGCGUGGCAUCAUGAGUGGUCGUGCACUAUUUACGUUUGAUCCGACCUUGUUCCGCGAUGACGCGGAUGCUGAUGACGAGGCAUACUCUGUUCAUAGUGAGGAAGAAGACGACGGCGAGGACGACGAUAAAAAUUCUCUCUUGGCCGUUGAUGCGGCAGCAGCAGUAAUGGACAAGAGCCUGUAUCUACAAGACGUGGACGAUCUUGACUCAUUGAAGAAGUGA